CUCUGACAGUAUGCAUGCAGUAAAGCCGUAAGGGAAAUGAAGUGGGGGAGGUUACAGCGAUCUUGUACUAGGAGCUCCUGGAAAUCUUACUCUAGCAGGGUGCGCCAAGGAAGCAGGUGUUCUAUACAGUGUGGUCUGUGCGCUAGACAAGAAUCGGAUAUUUUAUUUUCUGUGCUGUUGUGGGGGAUUAGAUAAACUGAGUAAGAAUAGAAGGAGUAAUGAGCGGUCAAGGAAAUUCUAGUCAGCUGCUUCUGUCACCAUUAGCUGCAGCUGUUCUUUGCAAAUACUGCAAGCUCCUGAGUGCUUGACUGUUCCCCCUUCCCCUCGGUCCAGCACCAGCAGAAAGCGCCAUGGAUCACAACAUCUCCAAGAAUCUCUCAGGUGAUACCAGGCAGGAUGUUGCGAAUCCAAUGGACGAACUUAUAAUUAGCUCUGCCUUUGGAACUAUUUUGUCCUUCAUGUAUGUGGCCGGAGUCACAGGUAAUGUGUAUACAUUGGUAGUGAUGUGCCACUCCAUGCGGUACGCCGCGUCCAUGUAUAUAUCUAUUAUUAAUUUGGCCAUGGCAGAUCUGUUGUACCUCUCAACUAUCCCUUUCAUUGUGUGCACUUACUUCGUGAAGGACUGGUACUUCGGGGACAUUGGCUGCCGGAUUCUACUUAGCCUUGACCUUCUUACCAUGCAUGCCAGCAUUUUCACCUUGACAGUGAUGUGCACAGAGCGCUACAUGGCAGUUACAAAACCUCUGGACACUGUGAGGAGGUCAAAAAGCUACAGGAAAACAAUGACCUGGGCAGUGUGGCUUAUCUCAGUGCUAUUAACCCUUCCCAUGAUGAUCAUGGUAAAUCUAAAAGAAGAAUCCAAAGAGGGUACUGGAAAUGGCACUAAAAGAAUGUGUGCUCCCACCUGGAGCCCGGAAGCCUACAGAAUUUACCUCACCAUACUCUUCAGUACCAGUAUUAUGGCCCCUGGUGUUAUUAUUGGUUACCUGUACAUGAAGCUAGCAAGGACGUACUUAGAGUCGCAAAGGAACCCACUGAGCAAAAGGUCUCCGAAACAGAAAGUGUUAAUCAUGAUUUUCAGCAUUGUACUAGUAUUUUGGGCUUGUUUUCUACCUUUCUGGAUUUGGCAGCUCGUUAGACUGUAUGACAGCUCAAUCGUAUUAACUUCUCAGACCCAGACUUGUAUUAACUAUUUGGUUACGUGCCUCACUUACAGCAACAGCUGCAUCAACCCUUUCCUGUAUACUUUGCUGACAAAAAAUUACAGGGAGUACCUGAAGAACCGACACCGACGUUUUUACCGCUUCACAUCUUCUUUCCGAAAGAGAAAUUCGAACCUGCAGCACUCGUCAGGGAGAUCUGCAUCUUCAAGCAAUCAUUAUGAUUUCAUUUCAGAAUCUGUAGUUAUGACCAGUUUGAAGGACACUAAAUAGUUGCAAAAGGUACUCAGAUACUUGCAAUCUUUUUACGGUGAUGUUGGCUAGUUGGGCACUUAAGAUUAAAGAUGGUAUGGAACACUGCUGACUUCUGGUGAGACGCAUACACCCUAUCUCGCAGAGUGAAAUAAAUUUAAACAAACUAGUACCCAACUAGAGGGUCACUGCGGGACAGUAGCUAGUCCCCUCUGGUGACGCCUGCUGCUGCUGAAACUUGAACAAUUUACUUACACGCUCAGGACUAUAAAUAGCAACUGCCUUAUCCUCAUCAGGUUGUGCACUGCAUUUCUUUGUUGUUAUUUACACUUAAUUUACAAACCUGGGAAUGUUCUGCUUUAAUGUUUAAUGUUGUAUAGCACUUUAUUAAUGUCGAUCUAAACAGGGGCAAAUAAUUUUAAUUUGUCAAAUGGCUGGGGUAUUCAGAGACAUAUGACAAAGCAGGAGGUCAGUUCAGGAAAGAGAAGGACUGUCGGGAGGGUGGGGAUGUCAAUGUGUCAUUAAUGCCAUUCUAAGUCACUUCUGUACGUCUUGGUCAAACUUUUAGCACUUUAUUCCAACAGGUUUUCUUUUAGACUUCGGAAGAGAGAAGACAAUAUUUGAUUAUUUUAUUACUGACUGUGGAGGAGAAAUUGAGUGCAAGCUGCCGGCAAAAGGCAGUUCGGAUGUAUUUUUGCACUGUUUCCCCACUUCAGAUGAAGGAUGAAGUACAAACGCCUUGGAUAUUUAAGGAGACAUGUCCGGUGCUCAUAUAUACUGCUAUAGUCAGUGAGCACUAACAAAUGCCAAGCAUACUGUCUACAAUGUAUUACAAGGUGCUGGGUAACUAGCUGGAAGUUCCCCUUCACCCACAACACACAAACACACCCGCAAAUGGGCCACAAAUUGCGUGGGGGCGCAUACACACACACACACACACACACACACACACACACACGAACACGCACACUCUGUUAACUUAUAUUUGAGUGCUAUAAAUCAAUUGCAUUUCUGCGACUGUGAUACUGGUAAAUCCCAAUGUGGUAUAUCCAGUUUAAAAAUCGUACUGUGACCCUGACUGAUAGCACUAAACGUUUUCAUUGUU